AUGAUCGUGGAGGUUGUGUGCGAGCUUCUUGAAAUUCGUCGCAGUGCCCGAGAGAACGCACUCAAUGAGAACAACAAAUUGCUUGAUCGGAUUCCCAAACUCAGCUCUGCCGAGCUUGCUCUUCUUACUCGUCAUCAAGACGCUGAAAGCUCGGACAACCCCGUAUGCCAGGUGCCUUUGAGCAAUGACUGGUUUCGAGGAUUGGAGUCCGACUCGAACAUACAUCUUACCACCACGGUGACUCAGAACUCAGCAAGAGUAACAGCCGCAACAGCCGAGGCUUGUACGCGGCAUUUUUUGAGUCUUGACGAACUGUUGGCAGACCGACAACCAGGGACGAUGGGAUUGCCUCAAGCCAUCUUCCUCAACGGGAGACGGGAUGAGAGGGAUGUAGAACGAGGAGCAAGUCAAGUUGGCUCGAUCCAUCUGUAG